GUCCCUCGGUGCGUCGAUGCCCCGCGCAGACCCUCAGUUCGUCGAUGCCCCGCGCAGACCCUCAGUUCGUCGAUGCUCCACCACAACACCUGCUCCUCUGCGCGCCGAUACAAACCAACCAACCCCCCCCUCCCCGACGACAACCUCUGCCCAUCCACGCUCCGAAACUCCGACGGCCCCAGCCCAUGACUCUCCGCCCGCAAACAACCAUUGUCCCUGUAACGCCUAAACGGCCACUCCACCUCUGCGCGUCGACGCCGCACAAAAUCCCAGCAACCGCCUACCCACUCCGCGUGCUCAGAGCCCGCCCCCCUCGCGCGCAGUCGCAGAAAGCCUCAGCGCGUCCCCGAGCCCAGCUAUUCUGACCCGAGACAGUGAACCGGAGGUGUUUGAUAAAUUAUAUAUUUUUUUGCCUUCCACCUCACUAAAAAGAAUAAAUAAAAGCAUUAUUUGCGCAUACUCGGCGAGCUGUUGACGAAGCGCAACCGGAAACCAUUUGACUGCCUGCGUGAGGAGGUUGCGUGGAGCAAGGAAGCGAUCGCCACCGGCAGACACACGGCAGUUCCAUCAUCGCAGCGAAGACUCUUUUUGUGUGCUUUCAACAUUUGAUGGUAGCUAUUUGAAGCUGUACAGUAAUUGGAUCGGUAAUCGUUACAAAAAUAAUUUGCCAAUAAGAAACAAAUGAAGACAAAAAAUCUAAAAUCUGCACAUCUUUGAAAUCUCUCCCGAAUAUUGUUUAUCCUGUAGAAGAGAUAAUUUGGAGGUUGGAAAUGUCGUUCAUUCAUGAGUGCUUCGUUUCAAUUUUUAAGGGCCAGCAUGCAAAAGAUUUUUAUCCAAUGUUUAUGGCCAAACCAAAUCUUCAGAAACUACUGUAAGGGCGAAAAUGUCUACUGCUAAUUAUGCUGUGCUCAAUACUGGACAGAAGAUGCCUCUCAUUGGGCUGGGGACAUGGAAGAGUGCGCCUGGUGAGGUAAAAACAGCUGUUGAGAAUGCUUUAAAGAUUGGUUAUCGUCAUGUGGACUGUGCUACAGUGUACAAUAAUGAGGAUGAAAUAGGAGACCUUUUUAAAGAGAUAAUUGGUGUUGACAAGAUGGUAAAACGUGAAGAACUUUUUGUAACCUCCAAGUUGUGGAAUACCAAGCAUCAUCCUGAAGAUGUGGAACCUGCCUGUCGUAAAUCUCUGGAAGACCUGAAGCUUACUUAUCUGGAUUUGUACCUCAUGCACUGGCCUUAUGCCUUUAAAAAAGGUGACAGCUGCUUUCCAAAGAAUCCUGAUGGCACAAUGCAAUAUGAUAAUAUUGAUUAUAAGGAAACUUGGAAAGCCAUGGAGAGAUUAGUAGAAAAGGGCUUGGUAAAAGCUAUUGGACUCUCGAAUUUCAACAGACAACAGAUUAAUGAUGUUAUCGCUGCAGCUACUAUUAAGCCUGCAGCGUUGCAGGUAGAAUGCCAUCCGUACUUAGCACAAAAUGAGCUGAUCGGACAUUGCCAGAAAUAUGGAAUAAUAGUUACAGCCUAUAGUCCGCUUGGUUCCUCUGAUCGCAUGUGGAAAGCCGCAGAUGAACCAGUUUUACUAGAAGAUGCUAAUAUUAAAACUAUUGCUAAUGAACAUGGGAAAUCACCUGCUCAAGUGUUGCUCAGGUGGCAGGUACAGCGUGGAGUUGUAGCCAUUCCCAAGAGUGUCAAUGCGGCACGAAUUGCACAGAACCUGCAGGUGUUUGAUUUUGCACUAACUGAAGACGAGAUGAAAACAGUUGGAAAUCUCAAUAGAAACUGGCGGUAUAUUGUUCCUAAGAUAGUGGUUGACAACAAAUCUGUAUUCAGAGACGCGCUGCAUCCUCAUUAUCCUUUCAACGAUCCAUACUAGUGACAGUGGGAUGAGCCAUUGCUGCCUUAGUGGUUUUAUUGUUGUAUAAAUCGAUUUUGCUGAUGAUAUUGAAUACUUCUCAUCAUUUAGAAACAGUAUUGGGUUGCUCUGUUAAAUGACUCCAUUAAAAAUGCUAAUAUUUGAUGGCAAAUAAAAUUAACUCUUGCAGAAGAUUAACCUUAGUUCAGAUCAUCCUUUUCUCAUUCUCCUUGAUUUGUCUUGUUUAGUUCGGUAUUCACCCAGCCCAACACAGUGUAUGUGUUUUUCUAUCUGUAGCUUUGAGGAGUGAAAAUGUACAUAUAAUCUGCAAUAAAAUAUAUAACUUCAAAAUA